AUGGCUCAUGUUGAUGACGAUGAGAGUAUUACAUUCAAUGUAGAAGAAGUGCAGAAGAUAGUUAGAGAUAAUAUAGAACUUUGCCUUGGGGGUAAUGCUUAUAGUCACUCUCGCACUCCUCAGUGGAUCAGUAUCAUUACAGACAAAACGCUAGCUAGACUAAAUAAAUUGAAUAAACCUUUCAAAUAUAUCUUGAGAAUAACUAUAACCCAGAAGAAUGGCUCCGGUCUGCAUACAGCAGCGGCGUACUUUUGGGACACGGCGACGGACGGAACGUGUACGGUCCGCUGGGAAAAUAAAUACAUGUACUGUAUAGUUAAUGUAUGGGGACUAGCAUUACAAUUAUAA